AUGGCCCUGCGGGACGUGGGAGGAGGUAGCACCAAAACGCAACCGUUGCCAGUUAGCUACAGUUGUGCGGAUAACCUGACAACCUUAUCGUCACCGCAUCAUGCCUCGUCUGCGUCCAACGGGCGACCCAUUCCUGGAACGGCUAGUUCAGGCGGUUCCGGCCAUAGUGGUUCUCCAAUUGGUGCAAUACCAAUUACGUCGUCAACUUAUCGACAGAUCGUUUCAUCAAGUGCUCCGACGAGUAGUAUGGAUAUGGAGACACUGGUUAGGGGCUCGAGUCAAGAGAUGGGUAAUGAGCAAGAGUUUUAUCGAGAUCGCAGAAAGAAGGAUAUCCAUAAUAUGAUUGAACGACGACGACGUUAUAAUAUCAAUGAUCGUAUCAAGGAGCUCGGUUUAAUGUUACCGAAGCAUUCGGCUGAAGAGAUGAAACUGAAUAAGGGUACCAUUCUGAAAGCGUCUUGUGAUUAUAUUCGGCAACUGCAAAAGGAUCGUGAAUUGAUGCUCCGACAACAGCAGCAACAAGCGCGUCUCGAGCAAGCUGCUAGGAUUUAUGCUGAACGUAUUAAGGAAUUAGAAGAACAGUUACAAAAGAACGGUUUGGCUGUGCCACCUGCCUCGACAAGUCUCCCGCCUGUACCGCCUCUGUCAAUACCGCUAGCCUCAAGACCUAUCAAGCAAGAACCAUUCGACGAUGUGCCAUCUUCACCCUCUCAAACCCCUACCGGCAGUCUUUCAUCUGCUGGUUUUAUGUCACAGUUGUCUGAUACGACUGCAGCGAUGGUUAUAACUAGUCCAGUUAGUGUACAAACCCAACAAGAUGGCAAUUUCUUCAACGUUGGUAGCUGUAGUCCAUCGGAAAAUUCGCCGUAUGCGACACCAAAUUGGCGAAAUAGUAAUUUAUCGUCGUUAUCAGCGAGAAGCAAUCCAAACAAUAAUACAGCAACAAAUCAACAACCAUUCUCAGAUCUCAUCAUGGAGGAUCUUAGUUCGUUGCAUACCACUGGACCACUUUUGCAGGGUGAUCCAAUGAUUUCUGCGGCCGGUGGUGGUCCAUCACCGCAUAGCUCGGUGAUACCUAGUCAAAUGUCGCCGGAUAUUCAAUGGGAUCAAGCCAAUUUCUCACCUGAUAAUCAAGCAAGCACGACACAUCCCACACCUAGUGUUAGUGUUUACCAGCAACACUCCAGUAUGGAUUUCUCGUGA